AUGGCAUCAUCCAUCGCAUCCUAUGUCACCACCGACAAUUCGUCGUCUGCACCGUCUAACCGUCCCGCCCCACCAAUCGCUUCAGACAUCCUCACGCAUAUCGGCCAAACUCCGCUUGUAAAGCUCAAUCGAAUCCCACAAUCACUGGGUAUCAAAGCUACCGUCUAUGCGAAAUGCGAAUAUUUCAAUGCAGGCGGUAGUGUGAAGGACAGAAUUGCGAAGAGGAUGGUGUUGGAGGCUGAGAAGAGUGGGAGGAUUAAGCCUGGUGAUACUCUGAUUGAACCUACUAGUGGGAAUACUGGCAUAGGUCUAGCACUCGUCGGCGCUGUCCGAGGGUACAGGGUAAUAAUCACCCUUCCCGAAAAGAUGUCAGCAGAAAAGGUCUCGGUCCUUCGAGCUCUUGGUGCAGAAAUCGUUCGUACACCAACCGAAGCCGCGUGGGAUGCUCCGGAGUCCCACAUCGGGGUCGCAAAACGUCUGCAGCAAGAAAUCCCAAACAGUCACAUCCUAGACCAAUACGCAAACGUUGAUAACCCGCUUGCGCAUGAAUAUGGAACCGCGGAGGAGAUUUGGGAACAAACUGGUGGGAAGAUUGAUAUGCUCGUUGCUGGGGCUGGUACCGGUGGGACUAUCACUGGUAUCGCUAGAGGGUUGAAGAAGCAUAAGAAGGAUAUUAAGAUUGUUGCUGCGGAUCCGUUGGGUAGUAUUUUGGCUUUCCCUGAGGAGCUGAAUACCUCUACGGAAGGGUAUAAGGUUGAGGGUAUUGGAUAUGAUUUCUUACCUGAGGUUCUGAGUAGGGAGAUUGUGGAUAAGUGGUAUAAGACCGAGGAUAAGGAGAGUUUUAUGUUUUCUAGGAGACUUAUUAGGGAGGAAGGGCUUUUGGUCGGCGGUAGCUCGGGAAGUGCCAUGCAGGCCGCUAUGCAGGCUGCGAAGGACUUGAAUGAGGGAGAUGUAGUAGUUGUGGUUCUACCGGAUAGCGUUAGAAGUUAUCUUACUAAGUUCAUCGACGACGACUGGAUGGUUAACAACGACUUCCUGACCCCCGACGAACUCGAAAAGCCAACAACCUCCAAAUCCCCUUACCAAGACGCCACAAUCCGCUCCCUCCGUCUCAAGAACAUUGUAACAAUCCAAGUCGACGCAAAUGUCAACUCCGCGAUCAAUGUCAUGCGCGAAAAGAGCUUUGACCAACUCCCCGUCCUCUCAGGAACCCGUCUCGUCGGUCUCGUCACCCUCGGAAACUUACUCUCCUUCAUCUCUCGCGGCAAAAUCGACGGCUCGUCAUCGGUUGAAAACGCGAUGUUCGAUUUUAGAAAGAUUCAAGAGGUCAUUACCGAUCCUAAUGAGAUCGGGUCAGUGAGGACACAAUCCGGUGGGAAGUCUGCGGGAGGAAAGAAAAGAGAUUUUGAUCAGAUUACUCUGGAUACUCCCCUUAGUGCUCUCACUAGGUUCUUUGAACAUAACAGUGUGGCUAUUGUGACUGAACCUAGGGAGGAAGGAGGACUGAAGCCUGUGCAUGUUGUCACCAAAGUUGAUCUUUUGGGUUACUUGGUCAGGCAAGGAAAGAAGGAGUAA